AUGGAGCUCCAUCUCUCCGCACCCCUUCGUCGUCUCGGGUCAACAUUGGAGUGGGACGGACUGCUGGCCGCUGGAGACCUUGGAAGCUGCGAAGUGUACCCGCAGAAGGUGCAGCACAACAGCAACGGACGUUAUGACGUAACUUAUGCGGUGGUCUGCGGUGACUGUGAGUGUAUCACCUACACGGCGCAGCAGCUGCGCAACAUGGCUUUUGGAGCUGCUUUGGACUUUUGCUGGUCCUCCACGGGCACGGGAGAUUACGUGGUGCAUGAGAGUAUUUCCAAGUUAACACUUUUUCGCAACUUUAAAGAAGUCAAGAGUGAGAAGCCUCGCGUGUUGUCAGCUGAGGGUUUGUUUGGAGGCACUGGCGCUAUUGGAGUCAAGGGCAACGACUCGAUCGCCAUGUUCGCCUGGGAGGAGCUGCGUCUGAUCCGGAAGAUUGACGUGGUAGUGAAGAACGUGUUUUGGUUUGAAAAAGGCAGCCACGUUGUACUCGCGUAUGAGUCGAGCUUUUUAGUACUGCGUUACAACAUGGAACUGGCGGCUCAAACCUUUGGUGCGGGCACGAACUCGCCCGAGGAAGGAGUUGACGGGGCUUUCGACCUGCUGCACGAGAUCUCUGACAAGGUGGGCACCGGCAAGUGGGUCGGCGACUGCUUCCUAUACGCGAACGCCGGAGGGACUCAGCUACUACGUGGGAGGUGA